AUGUCACUACAAGCACUGCCGCCAGAGCUACAUUUUGGAAUUUGCGAGCUUAUAACUGAGAAGGACAUUAGCUGUUUAUCACGAACCAACAGCUUGUUUCACUACCGAGUCAACUCAUAUCUCUAUAAGUUUAAUGUACGGAAUUCAAAAAAUUCAGCGCUACUAUGGGCUGCCAAAAAUGGGAUGAAGUCUACUGCGAAAUUCAGCAUCGAUGAGGGUGCUGAUGUCGAGGUGAUGGACGCUGCUCACCAAACACCAUUACACCCGGCCGCAAAACAUGGGGCGCAAGCGAUAGUGAAGGCACUGCUCGAUACUGACAAGCUUGAGGUCGACUGUGUGGAUGAUCGUGGCCGGACACCGCUAAUGUACGCUGCUCAAUAUGGACAUGAAGCAAUAGUAAAGCUGCUGCUAGAUACCAACAGGGUGGAUGUCGGUUUGAAGUCCUACACUCGUGAUACGCCGCUAUCAUGUGCCACACUAUAUGGAUAUGGGAAUGAAGCGAUAGUAAAGCUGUUGCUUGAUACCAAGGAGGCGGAUGUCAACGUCAGGAACUACAUUGGUGAUACGCCGCUAUUAUGUGCCACAAAACAUGGGAAUGAAGCGAUAGUAAGACUGCUACUAGAUACCAACGAGGCGGAUCUCGACGUCAAGGACUGCAUUGGUGAUACACCGCUAUUAUGUGCUGCACGAUAUAAACAUGAAACGGUAUUAAAGCUGUUGCUCAACACUGGGAGAGUGAACGUCAACGCUAGAGAUCGCUAUGGCAGAACACCGCUCUCACAUGCUGCAAACGACGGGGCGGAAGCAAUAGCACGGGCACUGCUCAACACUGGCGAGGUUUAUGUCGAGCCUAGGGACCGCCAUGGCAGGACACCGCUAUCAUAUGCUGUGUGGAAUGGGCAUGAAGUGGUAGCAGAGCUUCUGCUCGACACCGGCAAGGUUAAUGUCAAAUCCAAGGAUUCCGUUGGCCGCACACCACUCUCGAAGGCCUGCGAGAAAGCUCAUGAGGAGGCAGCGGAAGCAAGCAGUGAACAAAAGGGUAGAGACAAAAGGGUAAAGCUCACACACUAG